AUGUCGCUCUUUGGAGGUGCAGCAGCUCAGCCUCAGGCGGGCGCCAACCCCAGCCCAUUUGGAGCUGCCGUCGCCAAACCUAGCCCCUUCGGCAGCACUGGCACUUCUGGAACCGGCCUCUUCGGCUCGAACACCACAGGGAAUCAACAGGGCGGGGGCCUUCUGGGAGGACAGUCGCAGAACCAGCAGGGCUCGACAGGAGGUGGACUUUUCGGUUCUACCACAACCCAGCAACAGCCUCAGCAACAGCAGAACACUGGCACCAUUUUCGGGUCGGCGGUGACCCAGCCGGCGAAACCUGCGGGGUCCUUGUUCGGUGGUCUAGGAGGUCAGCAACAACAGAAUUCGAGUCCAUUCGGAACAUUGGGCGGAAGUUCCACGCAACAGCAGCCCCCGCAACCGAGUUUGUUCGGGGGUUCGUUGCUUGGAGGUCAGCAACAAGCCGGUCAGCCACAGCAACAACAGCAGCAACCCCAAGCACAACAGCAACAGCAACAGCCUCAGUUAGGACAGACGAUAGGGCAGCAGCAGCAAGGGUCCAGUCUCUGGUCCCCGGGUCGUGCGGUUACCGGAGUACACCGAACCGUUCCGAUGCAGAUGCAAAUUGUCAGGGAAAAAUGGGACGCCAACACUCGCUCUUCCCCCUUCCGAACUUACUUGUAUAACAAUGUCGGCGAGGAGGCGGCGCCCUUCUACCAGCCAAGCGCAGAUGACGACGAUACGAAGUGGGAGGAUGCCUUGCGACAGAGACCCGGGUCGGGCUACGUACCUGUGCUGGUGAAGGGUUUCUUUGAACUGGGCAAGCGAGCCCAGAGACAGAAGGACUUCCUCACCAUGAUGCAGACCCGUCUCCAUGAAAUCAACAAUUGCCUCACCGAUUUACUCUCCCGACAUGACCUGAAGAUCUCCGUGAAAAUUGCCGAUUGCCGUCGCAAACAUCUUGUGCUGAGCAAGCGCUGCCUCGCCCUUGCGGCCAAGACCCAAGUCCUACGAAACAGAGGCUACGCGAUGGAUGACGCGGAGGAGGAAUUGAAGAAGAAGCUUGCUCAGUUGGAACGCUCAGUUUUCGACCCCUCGUUGAACGGACGUGCCGAGGAAAUCUGGGCCAGAAUGCUCGCCAUUCGGGAACAGUCGAAGCGUUUACAGGCAGAGAUCGAGAGGGCCGGCCCGAGUGCCGCAUCUCAGGCGGAGGACGAACUAGACGAGAAUACGAUGAAGGCCGCAAAGAAGAUAUUGGACGAUUAUCAUACCCAGAUCCAGCACCUGCACAAGGAAAUGGAGUCGGUCAAGAAGGACCUCGAGGAAGCACAGAAGCUCCAGGGUCGGGUCGGUUCCUAG